CAACUUUUAUCUUCUUUUAGGUUACAGUUCCUCUGAGUCACCUCAUCAAUGCCUUCCAUUCACCAAAAAACACAUCUAUUUCUGUCAGUGUGUCAGCUUCGCAAAACCACCAUCGAGAUGUAGUUCCUGACCAUGAGGCUGCUGGCAAUGAGCCUGUACUUAAUUUAAGAGACCUUGGAUUAUCUGAAUUAAAAAUUGGACAGAUUGAUCAACUGGUAGACAGUUUACUUCCUGGAUUUUGUAAAGGCAAGAACAUUUCUUCCCAUUGGCAUACAUCUCAUGUCUCUGCACAGUCCUUCUUUGAAAAUAAAUAUGGUUACUUAGAUAUGUUUCGUACUUUACGUUCCUCUUGCUUGUACAGACAACAUUCAAGAACUCUUAAAAGUAUUUGUUCAGAUCUUCAGUGCUGGCCAGUUUUCAUACAGUCUCGGGGUUUUAAAACUUUGAAAUCAAGAACUCGACGUUUACAGUCCACCUCUGAAAGAUUGACAGAGACACAGCAUAUAACACCAUCAUUUGUAAAGGGGUUCCUUUUGCGGGACAGAGGAUCAGAUGUUGAGAGUUUGGACAAACUCAUGAAAACCAAAAAUAUACCUGAAGCUCACCAAGAUGCAUUUAAAACUGGUUUUGCAGAGGGUUUUCUGAAAGCUCAAGCACUAAUGCAAAAAACCAAUGAUUCUCUGAGACGAACUCGUCUGAUUCUCUUCGUUCUGCUGCUAUUUGGCAUUUAUGGACUCUUAAAAAAAACAUUUUUAUCUGUCCGCUUCCGGACAACAACGGGGCUUGAUUCUGCAGUAGAUCCUGUCCAGAUGAAAAAUGUCACCUUUGAACAUGUUAAAGGAGUGGAGGAAGCUAAACAAGAAUUACAGGAGGUUGUUGAAUUCCUGAAAAAUCCACAAAAAUUUACCGUGCUUGGAGGUAAACUUCCAAAAGGAAUACUUUUAGUUGGACCACCAGGGACAGGGAAGACACUUCUUGCUCGAGCUGUGGCUGGAGAAGCUGAUGUUCCUUUUUAUUAUGCUUCUGGAUCAGAAUUUGAUGAAAUGUUUGUGGGUGUGGGAGCCAGCCGUAUCAGAAAUCUAUUUAGGGAAGCAAAAGCAAAUGCUCCCUGUGUUAUAUUUAUUGAUGAAUUAGAUUCUGUUGGUGGGAAGCGAAUUGAGUCUCCAAUGCACCCAUAUUCAAGGCAGACUAUAAAUCAACUUCUUGCUGAAAUGGAUGGUUUUAAACCCAAUGAAAGAGUUAUCAUAAUAGGAGCCACAAACUUCCCAGAGGCAUUAGAUAAUGCCUUAAUACGUCCUGGUCGUUUUGACAUGCAGGUUACAGUUCCAAGACCAGAUGUAAAAGGUCGAACAGAAAUUUUGAAAUGGUAUCUCAAUAAAAUAAAGUUUGAUCAGUCUGUUGAUCCAGAAAUUAUAGCUCGAGGUACUGUUGGCUUUUCUGGAGCAGAGUUGGAGAAUCUUGUGAACCAGGCUGCAUUAAAGGCAGCUGUGGAUGGAAAAGAAACAGUUACCAUGAAGGAACUAGAGUUUUCCAAAGAUAAAAUUCUAAUGGGGCCUGAACGUAGAAGUGUGGAAAUUGAUAACAAAAACAAAACCAUCACAGCAUAUCAUGAAUCUGGUCAUGCUAUUAUUGCAUAUUAUACUAAAGAUGCAAUGCCUAUCAACAAAGCUACAAUCAUGCCACGAGGGCCAACACUUGGACAUGUGUCCCUUUUGCCUGAGAAUGACAGAUGGAAUGAAACUAGAGCUCAGUUGCUUGCACAGAUGGACGUUAGUAUGGGAGGAAGAGUAGCUGAGGAGCUUAUAUUUGGAACUGACCAUAUCACAACAGGUGCUUCCAGUGAUUUUGAUAAUGCAACUAAAAUAGCAAAGCGGAUGGUUACCAAAUUUGGAAUGAGUGAAAAGCUUGGAGUUAUGACCUACAGUGAUACUGGGAAACUGAGUCCAGAAACUCAAUCUGCUAUUGAACAAGAAAUUAGAAUCCUUCUAAGGAGGUCACCCGGAAUCAACAUGUCUGGGGCUGAGGAAGCAGUUCUUGGAGGCCGUGGCAGCCAUCCUUCCUCUGCUGGUGGCAACUCUGUAUUAUGCUUUGGACAGUAUCAGUACACAGCAGAAGAGUACCAGGCCAUCCAGAAUGCUCUGAGGCAGAGGCUGGGCCCGGAAUACAUCAGUAGCCGCACGGCUGGAGGAGGCCAGAGGGUAUGUUACAUUGAAGGUCACAGGGUAAUUAAUCUGGCCAAUGAGAUGUUUGGUUACAAUGGCUGGGCACACUCUAUCACACAGCAGAAUGUGGAUUUUGUUGACCUUAACAAUGGCAAGUUCUACGUGGCAGUCUGUGCAUUUGUGAGAGUCCAGUUGAAGGAUGGCUCAUAUCAUGAAGAUGUGGGCUAUGGUGUCAGUGAGGGCCUCAAGUCAAAAGCCUUGUCUUUGGAGAAGGCCAGGAAGGAGGCCGUGACCGACGGGCUGAAGCGAGCGCUGAGAAGUUUCGGGAAUGCACUUGGAAAUUGUAUUCUGGACAAAGACUGUCUGAGGUCACUAAAUAAGCUUCCCCGCCAGUUGCCUCUUGAAGUGGAUCUAACGAGAGCAAAGAGACAAGAUUUUGAACCAUCUGUGGAACAAGCAAGAUACAGCAGCUGCCGGCAGAACGUGGCUCCGGGAUCCCUUGAACCACCGGAGGUGACCUCGCCUUGCAGACCUAGCCGCUCGGAUGAUCCGCCCACUGUGGUGCAGGAGGAGAAGGCCAGCAGCUGCCGCCUGCGGCCGUCUGCCGCCGCGAGCGACGCCACGUACGAGCGGAAGCUGCGCCAGAAACAGUUGCAGCGGCAGUUCCGGCAGCAGAAGGAGGAGCAGCGGCAGGUUCAGCGGUCCGCUCCGGCGCUGCGCCCGAGCCUCCGCGUGCGUGAGGAGGCUGGGAGCGGCGCAGCUCCUCGCAAGCACAGCACUCCCGUAACUGCCGUUUCCGAACCACUCACAGAGGACUUCCUUACAGACAGUCUCGGAAUGUGGGAUAUGGAUCCAGAUGCAAGCGACAGUGAUGUCAAGCCCUUGUCUAAACCAGAACUGCUCCAGACCUCUGCUACAUCAGUCCUGAAGAACCGGAUGGUGACCUGGGACAGGACCCCACAGAACCUCUGCCACCAGAAUCCACAAGCAAAAUCUGGACUCUCGCACCUCCAAACUCACAAUAGCAACCAAGAUGUAACAGGAAACUGUGGUAUCUAUGGGAAGAACCAGGACUUGAAGAAAAGGAAAUUGGAUCCAUCCUAAUGGAGGCUCAGGUCACAUCCUUGGACUUUGUCACAAAGGGACUUUCAAAAACUACUUUUAGGUCAUAAAACUGUUCAUCAUUCCCAGGGAAUGAGCUUUAUUUCCAAGGAUUUACCUUGCUUCGUUCUGAACUUUACCAGAGGAUUUGACUAUUGGAGCCUUGUGUAGGUAAAGCUGAGCAGUCAGAAAACAAGCGCUUUAAAAAAGCUUGUCAUACACUGCAGCGGGGAGGCUCUGAGAUUAAAUACCUUUUCUUUGGCUCUUAACGUUCUUCACUAUUUAUUCCUAAGCUACUAUGUUAGUAUGUAUAGAAAUUUUAGGAAUCCCCAGUGCCUACCUGCCUUCAAGCAAUAUUAUUACUAAGCACCAGCUUUUACAGCUGCCUAUGUGAAAUUAUUGUAAUAUCUGCCUUUCACCUUGGCGCUCGGUGUUUAAUGUUGUCCACACCAUAUUGUGUAUCCUUCCGAAAACAAAAGCUACAGUGUUUUUUAACUACCUUGCAUCAAUACAGGCUGCGAUCUUCAUCUAUGAUAAUCUCGCGUUUAUAGGUUUAUGGUGUCACAAUCCUGCAGUUUUUUACCUAAUCAAGGAAAUGAUCUAAGACCGAAGAAAAGGCAUUUUAAGAAAGUAAAAUAAAUUUUCCUUUGUAACAAAAAAUAAAAGUGGGUGUACUUCUCCAUUUCAGAUGUGAGAUAUAACCCAUCUUAACAUAAAUGGGUUUUUUUCAUAGUUUCAAAUGUUUCAUAAUCUGCCCCCCCACCCCCAUAAUGAGUUUGCAGGUUCUUUUUAAGAUGCAUCUUGGGCUGUGCCUUUUAUCUCAUCUUCAAGCUGUGGCUUUUAUUAAUUUUUAGAUCACAGAUCCAUUUGUGGGAAACUAUGAACCCAAGGCAAGGAACUCUUAAAGUACAGGAAGGCAGCCAGACAUUUCUAUUCCUAUGGAAGAUGAAGAGGCUCUAGCUUACCCUGAUUUCCCCUUUAUCUCACCUCUCAUUACAUGGAUUUGGUCAUAUGUUCAUCUUUUGGUUUUGAUAUCCUUACCAUUUUUUUUCCAGAAAAAAAAAAUCUCUCCCUUGUCUGAAGCAUAAUCUUAGUUUAGUUCAGAACUGCUGCUUUAAAAAAGUUCCCGGAAUCAGGAAUCCAGUUAUAAAUUGCACACAACUGAAAACUGAGCUAAUGAGAUCAUGAAAAAGGAAUUUGCUGGAAAUGAAACCCCACAGCUCAAAAGCAAGUUUGGUUUAUUUGAAUGGUUUCAUUAAAUAAGUCUACAAAGGUAACAAACUGAAGCACAAAGCGCAAUCUUACAAGAAGCGCAACACCCAGAGUUAGUGCAAAAUGUACAAUUAACGGCUGCUGAGAAACCCCCAAGGUUUGAAUUCCGUUUAUUUGCUUUUUUAAACAGUGUACAUUGUUAAAUAAUGUAAGGAAAACAUUUAUAAUUCAGAAAGAUUUUUGUAAUGUGGAAAAAGAUACUCAAAGUGUACUAUUAACACAAAAAUAAUUUAAACAGUUCAGUAGCACUAGUUCAUUCCUCUAGGCUUCAGUUACUUCAUCCACAGGAGGGGGAAAAAAAAAUCAACAGUAAAUAAAACCAGUUCUUACUUUUUGUGUGUAAGUGAUCUCAAAAUAAAACCAAAGUAACAAAAAAUUAUGUGCUGCAUUUGGUUCCCUCGUUCCUCUAGUAGAAAGUAUGGUUUCAUUCAUCUUAGGUGGUCUGUUUCUCAUUUACUUGGCACCUUCGUUGUUCUAUCCUUACUCUUACCAUCUCCCCAAGAAUCUUAAGCAGAGAAUAAAUAAGUAAACAACUUUGAAGCAGGGCUUGGAACCCCUGUCCUUUUCAUUUCUACUUUCCUAAACCUUCAGCUUUCACUUGCAUCUUUGGGACCUAGGCUAACUUACUAAAGAAAACAGGGCCCAUGAAGGAACAACAGGAUAGGACAGCCAACCAGGCUCCCCGUAUUGUGGUGAUUCCUGGGAUGUGCUGUUGAGGUGGGUAAGAGAUUGGAAAUGUGUCAAUUUCCCAACUCAAGAGUCAAGAGAAGAAGCACCCAAAAAAUUAGAGGAGUCCUAGCUUCUUUCCCCAUCUUCGGAGAUAACAGAGAUCCCAAACAUAGCCAAUUAGGAGAGUAUUUCCUGAAAGCUCUGAAAAUAAUAGAACUGCCCAUUACAACUAGGCAUAGCACUAUAUAAUACUGAUUGGUUGCAGUUAUUACUUAAGGGGAGUAUUUGUUUAUAUGAGAAUGUGAGAAUAUCAGUUGCAAUUCUAGAAAUAGAGGUGGCACAACAGAUUUAUGAUCCUGCAACCAUUUGGACAUCACAUAGGAAACGAGUAGGAAUAAGCCACUCUUUCUUACAAUGCUUAAUUCAGAUGUGGGUCCACUUUCCACAAAAUACAGUACCCUAAGCUGAGAAAUGCAUGAUACAUUUGCAACAAGAGGAAAGCAAUCCAAAGUUUUUCUUAGAGCAUCUUUCUCCAUCUGUAACUUUUCACUAUCAACAUUUCCCAACUUAAAAACUAGCCCCCACCCCCUUCCCUUUAUAUUUAGCCAUUUCCACUAGGUCUUGUCUGUCAAGCCUGGCUUAAGUAAGGCUCAUGGCACCCUGUGGGCCAGGCAGCACACAUCUUCCUGACAAGUCUGUUCUCCCGUUCUUAGUCUUUCUUUUUCUUUCAUUUAUCACACACCACCCUUAUGCUUUUAAAUUGCUCAGUUUUGUUACCACACCCCUCCUUACUGUUCUUGAAACAGAACUUUCUGCUUUCAACCACUGAUGUCAACUUAACUUCUCACCCUGCUCAUCUUACACCUGCUCUAGACAAAAUUGAAUGACUUAAAAAAAAAAAAAAAACAA